UAUUGCUUAGUAACAAAGACAUAUUCGAAAUCAUGGCUUCUAUCGUAAAAAUAUUUAACAUUACUAUACCGCAAAAAAAUAAUCUGUCUUGUGCAAUUUGCAGGAUUGUUAAUACCGAAAAUGAUCCCUUGAUGUAUUCCAAAUUUCAUGCAAAGAAGCUCAAGUGUCGACAAUUUCUCCAAGAAACUCCUCAGGCAAUGGCUGCUCCAGUAGUUAAUCGGAAAAUACUCGAGUCUGGUGGUUCUAUAUACAUUAUCGUCGUGAAAGACCUUUUUGAAAACUACACUUUCCAAGACCAUUGCGACUCAUUAAACAUACAGGUGAUGGAUUUGCUGGAUCCCAUUCCGACUUACAUUUAUAAAGCGUGUCUUCUUUAUACCAUGGAAUAUAAAUUGGCGCCACAGUGGAAUAAGGUCGGAUUGUACCUCGCUGAAGGACCAGAUUUUCUUAGCUCGGCAGGAAGUAUCAACGCCAUAACGUUAAAUAUUAAAGAAAUUCGUGAUAACAGUGCUCGGAUUCACGUAGAAGCUGUAAAUCUUAAAAUACCAUUCUUAAGACUGAAUACAGCACGUCCUUUACAACAUGAUUUACAGCCACCAGUACGUGUUUUACCAAGUAUGAAAAUGGCAAAUGUGUUGCGUAUAUCGAAAAUAAUUAAGGAAAAGUAUUUGUUCAAGGAUUAUGAGGACGUACGUGCAUAUUGGAAAAAUAUGCACGGCUAUAUAUUGCCAGAUUACAAGGAAGGACUCUUAUUUUACGAUAUCGAAUUUUUCUACUUUAAAUCAAACAUUUUUCUGUAUCCUGAAACAUGUUUAGCUUCAGGACCUUUAAAAAUUCUUCCGCUUACGACAGAUCCUGUAUCUAUAAUCUAUAAAUUUGUGGGAGAUGUAAAAGGAAGAGUCGUCAAAUUAUGCGGACAGCAGCUGGAUAUCUGUCCGGAAAACACAUAUCAAGCAACUGUUCUAGCUUAUACACCGGCAUCGAGAAUCGCUGGAUUUUCAACCUGCGAUACGGGAUAUGGCACGCAAUCGAGGAGAACGAGUCGUACGACGCAUUUGUCUCGAAUGCCUGAUACAUGUGACAUCCCCACGAAACGAACGCGAUUAUCGUUAUCAAACAUUGACGAUUAUCUUACAUGCAAAAGCGAAAUCGACGAUUUCGACUUCACAAUCGGCCCGGCGCGGUGUUCCACAAGCAAUUUUAAACCGUUAAAAAUUGCUGACAAAUGUUCGGCAAUGUUAUGCGACGGAGAUAGUGUCGCGACCAGUGAAUCAAUUGUACAGAGAGAUAAAAACAAGUCGCAUUAUUUUGAGCAGAAAAAAAAAGAAAUCGAGAAUAAAUCGUCUAUGGUAAAUAUGGUAUACAUAUAUGAUUUUUCACAUAACAAUCAUGAAAGAGUUGUUGAAGAAAAUAAUGUUAUGUUGAAGGAGCUGUCGGGCAAAGAAGGAAAGCCUUGCAAGCUAAAUCUGAAGGAAAAAUUGUUAAGGAACUUCUAGAGAAAGUAUUCCCGUGAAUUAUUCCUGUUUCAAUAACAAUUAUUAUUUCUCUUAAAACAUAAUUCAUUUUUUUGUAAGCUCAUUUCUUUUUUUUGUAAG